GUCAACUCAUAGUGAUCUCCAGUAGAUCCUGGGGUGAAGUCUCUUUGACCAGCAGCAGUAAAUUCUUCACCAUGAGGCUGGUGAUUGUGUUUUGCAUGCUGUUUCUGGCGGUGUGCGAGUCUCGUAAACUGAGCCGCUGUGAGGUCGUCCGCCUGUUCAAGGCCCAGGGACUGGAUGGCUUUGAGGGAUUUUCACUUGGAAACUACGUGUGCAUGGCAUACUGGGAGACCAAAUGGAAGACCCAUAAAGUGCGGGACAGUGAUAACAUAGGAAAGGACUAUGGUAUCUUCCAAAUCAACAGUUACAAGUGGUGUAAUGAUGGCACCGUAGGUGGAAAGAACCUGUGCAAGGUCUUCUGCGGAGAUCUGCUUAAUGAAGACCUGAAGGCCUCUAUUGAGUGUGCAAAAAAAAUUGUCAAGCAGGAGGGACUGAAAUCAUGGGAAACCUGGGAUAAGUACUGCGAUGGCACGAAGAUGAAACGCUGGACGGAAGAUUGCGAUUAGAAGUUGUGAUUUGCUAAAGUGUUCAGCCUGUGGAAAAAAUCAUGACAUCUUAAUUCUUAACUGAUUUUUAAAGAUUAACUGCUGCAAUUAAAAAUAAAAUGUAUUGAUUAUUAUGAAGUAACCUUCCACCUUUUUGUGUGAAGUUUUAAUAAAGCUUUUUCACUGC